GCAUUUAACUUGUUAUUCCUCAACCCAUCUUCAGUUUAGAUUUUCAAAGACUAUAAAUGGCUUUGGUAAGAGGUCUCUUGGGUGCAAAGAAGAUCCUGAGCCGCUCUGUAACGUCUACAGCACCAAAAGGAUUCCUUGCGGUGUAUGUUGGAGAGGACAAGGUCCAGAAGAAGAGAUAUAUAGUUCCUGUCUCAUACUUGAACCACCCUUCGUUUCAAGCUCUGCUCACUAAAUCUGAAGAAGAGUUUGGGUUCGAUCAUCCUAUGGGUGGUUUAACGAUCCCUUGUCCUGAAGAUACUUUCAUCACUGUGACCUCUGGGCUAAAGGGAAGAUAAUCAGAGGAGAAGAGAUAUCUAACAUUAUGUAGCCCGAGUUAAGAUAUAGAAUUAUUCAAUGUAAAUAGGUCAACCUUUUUCCUCGUUCUUUGUGAGAAAAGAGUUGUUCAAAAGGUCACAAAGCUCAAUGUGAAUGUCAUUUUUUUUUUUUGUGUAAGCAUCAAAUGUAUCUCUAUUCCAAUUGCAGAAAGUUUCUGAAAAUAUAAAUUCAUCUUGAAAGUUUGGUGUUCUUAAUGAUAACUA